AAACCAAUUUACCUCCAACGAAAGUAUAGGCGCGCCUUAUGUCCCAAAAAACGUGAUGGAUUGUAUAACUUGUCAUCGCAUUAAUUUUUAUGAAUACCAACCGUCACCGUUUCUAUGUUUAGCUCGCAGUAAAUGUGGUUUAAUUGCUGCUGGCAGGUCAAAUGGUUCGGUGGAUGUGUAUGAUGAAAACCGAGACUUUUUCAUUGUUGCACAUUUUCCACGCCGAUUGUGUUGCUCAGUUGAGUCUGUAGUUUGGAUGCAAUCAAGAUUAUUUUGCACAGGUGCACUGGGCCGUCUUAUAGAGCUUGAUUUACAGGCUUCCAGCAUCAAGGGGUCUUGUUUGUUAGUAGGAAGUCCAGUCGCUCGAUGUAUGACAGUCUUCGAGGAUAACAUAGUUGUGGGCAAUGAUGAAGGGUUUAUUACGUUUUUUUCAACCGACAAAACAGAUCCAGCUCCUAAACAUACGAUUCCCAAGCUCUCUGGAAAAAUCUUAUCUGUAGCUUGUACUCAUCAAGACAAAGGCGUUUUGGCAACCGGCACUAGCACCGGCUCUCUUCUUCUGAUAUCUAUUCAUGAUGGUGUUUCCAAAGUAAUGUUUACGCUAACAGAAUCGAACAAAUCCUGUCUUAUCUGGGCUCUAUUAUUCGCUGGUGGGUUUUUAUUUUCUGGAGAUAGUAGAGGCGUGGUGUGUAUUUGGGAUACAUCUGUCGGCGGCCAGUUAUAUAGUUUCUCUUGUCAUCAUGCUGAUGUACUUGCUUUGGCUUCCAAUCUCGAUGGUUCCAUUGUUUUUAGUGGUGGGGCAGAUGCUAUUGUACGGAGAUUCGAAUUCUCUUUAUCUGAAACUGGAGAUGGUCAGUGGCAAUGUAGUGGUAUAAUUAGGGGUUCUAGACGUGAUAUUCAUGGGCUAGCCUUCAUCCCAGGUCAUCAUCAUGAUCCUAGCGCAGAAUCUUCCUUUUCAGAUGUCCGUUUUGAACCUCAUCGUCUUCUUGCUGUGGGACAAGAUGCAUGUCUACAAGUAAUGCCAUGUGAAUCAAUCGAAACGGGUGUUGGAGUCCUUGCUUUGGCUGAAAAGACUUUGGCUGUCAACGUUGGAAGACCUCAAGGUGAACAGAAAGCUGAUAAUGGAUAUGUCGCUGCUCUCCCAUUUUGGCCUGCUUCUGUUGCUCCCUCGCGUCCAUCACCAGGAUGCUUUGUAACUUUGCCUAUAGGAUUAGUACAUGGUACUUUUGGUGGUCAGGCUGGUGCAUCUCGUCAUUUAUGUCUUCUGCACUACCCGGACAAACUUUGUUUAGUACGUCUUGGUCAACCACUCACAUCUGGUCAUAAGAAAGUUUUUGAAAAGUUUUAUUCUAUGAAUCUUGGGCCACUUCAGGUAGUAGAAAUUCAUCCAUCUAAGGGUAUGGAAUUUAUUAAAUCUAGUUUAUCUCCUUGUGGAUCUUUCAUUGUCUACAGCGACUUCAAACGAACUCGACUGCUCAAAUUAGAUGUGGCAUUUAAGAAUAAAGGAAGAAGUUUCUGUUUGUCAAAAGCAAAAGUGAAACCAGUUGAAUGGGGUAGUAGUUCACAUGAUUCAAUUUGUAGUUCUACAAAAUCUCGUAACAAGCGAAUACGUUUGGAUAGUUGGAGCAGAUCGUCUUCAAAUACAUCAUCUUCAGAGACAGAAACAGACACAGAAGAAAUUCUACAAGACUCGGAUAUCCUGCAAUAUUUCACCAUGGAUAAAUCAUUCCAGUCAUCAGGUGGGCAGGGUCAACGUAGGUUGUCUACUGAGGAUUUGUGUGAUUUGCCUGGCUCAGAGCAGAAGAAAUUAAAUGCGACAACUAUUCCACCUUCGUGUUUGAUGGCUUUUACUCCCAAAUCAGAGCACCUGUUAUUGGUGACCCAAAAGCGUGGAAAAUUUAUUUGUAUAUCUGUAGAGAAUGGCAGUAUUUUGUGGGAUCGUAACAUCGGCGAAGAUGAUGAGUUACAUGUUCGAGCUCACAUAAUGUCGGUUUCAAAUAUUCUUACCUAUUGUGGUUACUUAAUUGGACUUGGCUGUUCUGAUGCACGUGUACGCUUAUAUGAUUCGCCAACUGGUUCUAUCCUGUUCACGUGUUCCUGUAUUGAUUCAGUCAGUGGUCAUUCACCUUUACCGGUAUCAAUCACAUUCCCAAGUAUUAUCAGCGAACAAUCUGCUGAAUCACCAAUAACUACAUUACCCAAACAUCGUUUCUCAGUAUUGUACACAAAUGGUCAAUUAAGAGAGUGGAAGAUAACUAUAAAACAGUCAAAUAAUGUAAAUAAUUCUGAUGAGUCGGAUCAUACUACAAGUCCUCUAGUCCCAACAAAAAGUAUCAUUGGUGUUGGACUAAACAAAUGGCUCGUUAAAUUUUGGCGUACUAUGGGUGAGGAAAUUUCACGGAGUCUAGGAGUAUUUCAUAGUGUAGAUUAUAUUGAACCCAAUAAAUGGCUGUUAGCUUCAAAUCGAUUUUUAGUUGUUUUGGUUUCUCAUAAGAAUUAUGAACUUGGGAUGAUCAAGAAGAUCCUUACUUACAAGAGGACUGCUGAUGACGACUACUGUUUGUAUAUUUGCGAAAAUGUCAAAAACAUAAUCCAAACAAAAGUUCUAUCAGAAUCAGAAAUCGCAGUUGUUUCGAUAGAUUCUAGAAAUAUAACUUCUCAACUGGCUCCACCAUUACAGAGGAAAUUGUACGGAACAUGAUAUGUAUUUCCUUGUAUGUAUUUUCAAUAUAAUUUUUCAUAUAAAAGACAUACUUUACUUUGUCUAUAUUUUUAGACUGUAGAACUAUAGUUUGUCAGUUCCUAUCCAACACCACUUUUAGGUAAGUUUACUUCAGAUCAUCUCUGUGUCGUUUGUCAGCACCAUCGCUAAAAUACAAAACAACAUACUAAGAGUGAAAGAAACAUGUGUGGGCGAGACAAAAAUUAUUAAUGGGUAUACGAAUGGUAGGUUCAGACUUAGGUACCUCAUUUUUGUGACGAAAUUUUUCUAGCUCUUUUAGGCAAUGUAGUGAUGCAUCUCUUUGUUGUGUAGCUUUUCUUAGUUGCUGCUCAGAGACUGCAGUUGAAGUCAUACACGACUUACCAAUUUUUUCGAAGUGCAGUGAGAACCGGUAUUAAGGAUGGUGGUUCUGUCGGGUUCAUUGCAUCAAUAUGUCUUAGUCAGUACAUUUUUGGUUGAGUUAUGUCUCAUUGGAUCUCAGGUCAUGUUAAUUAGGUAUCUACUAGUAAGGUCUAUUCAUUUUAUAUGAGUAACGUAAGGGACAUAGUGUAGUGUCAGUGAAAUGUCAUUGGGCCCUAGCCAAAACAUCCGACAGUUGGGUCACUGAAUAUCGAACAGAUCAUCGAUCCCUGCCAAAGACAACCAACGCUCAUCAGUUAAUCCUAUGCCAUGUAUUGGCCAGUGCGGUGGUCUCACUAUUUUUCCUGUACUAAUCGCAGCCGUAGAUUCAUUAAACCAUAAUUACUAGUUGUUGUAGCUUAAGAUCACGACUGCAUUCAUAGCACAUCAAAAAUUAAAUUUCCUGAUUCCUAUUAGUCGAUCAUAAGCUUGUGUUAAAAGUGGUACAUGCAUCAUAUCAUGUACCUCCGUAAACCAUUAAGCCUGAUGUUUCCAACAUUUUAUUGUUUUUACCCUCUUAAUUUUCCACUGUCCAACAUGUUUACUAGUUAUUCAAAGUUCAUAGUGUUGACAUACCAUCACUGUCAAUCGUGCUGUUUGUUUGAUGCUUUUCAAAUCUAAGUUAGUUUUCCUCGUUUUGGAAAAUCUUAGUCAUAAGCAAUUUUUCUGGUUGGUGUAAAUCAUAACUUACGUUUUGGAUAUUAAUCAUGACUGGUUUGGAUUCUGGUUUUAAAAGUAUCCUUCCCAAACUUAUGCCUGUAAAUAGACUUCUGUAUUCUGAUUGCUAACAAAGAGUUUGACUUUUAAUACUUGGCUCUGAUUUAUUAUUCAAAAUGGAUUGAAAUUAAUCUGGUCAGUAAUAGCCACUAGAUUGUAGUGGUAAAUAAAUCCCCAAAAUCAAUAGAUUUGUAAGUCUUCAACAUUUGAUGCUGGCCGCAUCAGUUUUACUGGACUCACCUAGCUCAAGGCACUCGGUCACGCAUCCUCACUAGAUCACGAAUGGGCACGCCGUGCUAUGCAUCUCUUACCGUCAGCCGGUUUAGAUUAGACGCUUCCCAAUAUAUUAAUAGCCUUUUAUGUAUAUUUCCGAAUUUUCUCGUUUCUGAUUUGACUGUUGGCAUACUUUGAUCAUACGGGUGUCUGAAAUGUUGAACUCCGAAUACGUAUGGUGUACUUAUAUUGAUAUUGAAAUAAAGCUCAUUCUCAAAGUUUGCAUAAUUUUGACGAGUGAUUUGAUAGAAAUGGCGUCAUUAAGUGCACACAAAGCAGCAUGAGGGACUGAAGGUUAUGACAUUAUGUGGUGGGUAACAUUAUACACCUAAUGAAUGUAUUUCAAGUAUGAUUGAAACGUUUCCAAUCUAAAACGACUAGAAUAGUUAGUCUCUGUAAUGAGAUUAAAUUUCAGUAGUCUGUGGGGAGCGAGACUUAAAAUGAUUCGACUUUAGAUAGGCAGCGUGCUUGAGUAUCUGGGUUACCUGUUCCUGCCAUCUAGAUAUUUCAACAAGUUAUCUAUUUUUGUUUGUUUUGAUGUAUCAUUGUGUCUAUUAAUCGCAUAACCUAUUUUGGUGCAUUUCUGAAAAGUGUACAGCUUUUCAUUGUCACAGUUACAAAAAGCCCAAUAAGAGAUAAUGUGGCCGCUGGCAAUAUGCAGCAAAAAGAAUAUACAUUCAGAUGUUCAUCUACUGGACUGCUAACAUCUAACUGGCGAUCACUCAAUAUUUAUCGUCAGGAUCGACCAAGAAGUAAGAAAAGGAGACUUGUUGAGAUACUUUGUGCUGAGGAUUCUAUAUUGUACCAAAAAUAUAAUAUUGAACAAGGCUUAUAAUAAUAAUAAUAAUAUCGUUAUAGUU